CGGAGUUCAAAGGUGACUAUCUGAAUAAACGCUCUGCAAAAGCUCCUCCGAAUUCCAGCCAGCUCGGUGUGAACGCGUUACAUGUAACCCCGCCGAACGAUAGUCGCCACUGUGUCGUUCCCCGCCAUGUGCCACGCUUGACCUGCUGUUGUCUCAAUGUUUGAGGGUGCUGGCAAUCUCUGCCAAGUUUUCGAUUGUACCGCCUGGUCGUCCAUGUGUAAGACUCUACGGUCUCUUGCCCGCAAAGGCGAGUGUCUCUUACCGAACGUCAGUUCGAACAGCAGAGCACUCGCUUGCCUCCUCUCUCGUCCCCUCGGAACGGGAGCACAGGUCCCCGAACCUGUUCGGACAGCAAUUCAUUCCCCAAUUUUCCUCGUUCAGCACAAGGAACUACCAGCACCAACACCUCCCUACAGCUUCCUCUUUAAACUCUUCUUUUAAAGAUGGUGUGUGCUACCUACAAGACCGUGUUCGCCAUGAUGGCCGCUCUGGCCAUCAGCUCGGCCGACGCCACAGGCUCCUGCUACGCCCCGUGGCACCAUCCGACCGUCAACGAGGACGUGCUUCUGAAAGACGUCCAGAAGAUCGGUCAGUUCUUCUCGAGCUUCCGCACGUUCGAGACCAUCAUGAGCGGUGUCAACAUCAUUGACGUUGCUGCCAAGGCUGGUGUCAAGGUCUCUCCCGGUGUGCAGAUGAACGACCUGACCAAGGUCGACUCCGAGAUUCAGGCCGUGUGCGAUGGCUACGCCAAGAACCCUGGCUCCGUCGAGACCAUUUGGGUCGGAAACGAGAACCUGCAGAACGGCGAUUUCGGCACGGUCAGCGCCGACCAGCUCGUGGGCUACAUCCAGAAGGUUAAGGAAUGCACCGGCGGCAACGUGGCCGUUGGUACCGCUCAGCGUAUCAACGAGUGGAACACCGCUGCUGGUGCUGACAAGGUCUCCGCCGCUUGCGACAAGUACGGUGUUAACAUCUACCCGUUCUUCACGCAGGGUGAGCAGACUCCUAUUCAGAAGCUUGAGGCUCAGUGGAAGCAGAUGACUUCCAAGUACGAAGAGGGCAAGAUUCAGCUGACGGAGACCGGCUGGCCGACGGAGGGUGAGACCUCGUUCGGCAACUCCCCGUCGCUCGAGACCAUGCAGCAGUACCUCAACGACUUUGUGCAGUGGUCGUCGGGCAAGGGCGAGUCGUACUGGUUCAUGAUGUUCGACACGACCACCAGCUACACUGGCGCCGAGUACGAGAAGCACUUCGGUUGCUUCGACAAGGAUGGCAACCCGAAGGUGUCGAUCCCUGGCGGAUUCAAGGAUGGCUCGACCACGACCUCCCCCACGCAGGGCAGCCAGACGCAGGGCAGCCAGACCCAGGGCAGCUCCACGGGCAGCCAGACCCAGCAGGGCACUGAUGCUCCUGCUACGCCUGCCACGGACGCCCCUGCCGCCACCCCGGCCGCUAACGAUGGUGGUGACCAGACCCAGCAGCAGGGUGAGGUCUUGGUGACCCCCGCCCCGACGGAGCAGCAGUACGCCGUCGACGUGCCGGAGUACCGCACGGAGGCUCCCGGCACCCCGCCUGCUAACGAUGGCGGCGACCAGACCCAGCAGCAGGGCGAGGUCCCCGGCACUCCCGCCCCGACGGAGCCGCAGUACGCUGUGGAUAUUCCGGAGUACCGCACCGAGGCCCCUACCAACCCUACGGGUGAGAUCCCUGCUCAGGAGACCCCUGUCCAGGGCACUCCGUCCGUUGACGUUCCUACCCAGGACACUCCUUCGGUGACCCCCGCCCCCGUUGUUCAGUCUGGCAAGGACUGUGCCAUGUAAAUCUCUCGUUAGUCGUUGAUGUAGACGACUCGGUUACAUAGUUGGAAACUUGGUACGACUAGUUCCAAGGUGAAGCAUGUAGCGGAGGUGCAUAACCGAUAAACAAAACAGCUUUUGUACAGAUACUACUUCAAUCAUUACCACUCUGACACUGACUAGCAUGUAGUAGUACAUCUAAGCAUCAAGAAGCGCCUACUCUAACGGGUGAGUAACUUGAAUGUCCUCUACUAGUAAAACUUCUAAGCUAAGAGCAAUUCUACUGUUC